CGCCUUGGAGAGCGAAAUAUCCACUCCCGACCAAAUUAUAUCAUCUUAUACCAUCACAUAACAUCACAUCUCAAAACAUCGAUCUCGCUCUCUCGCCCGUGACGCGUCCUUCAACCAAGCUUCUCCCCCUUUUUUUUUCGCGGGGAACCGCCGCUGACAGCCAGUCAAUCCGGCUUCGGACGAUUCUUCUGCGCAAGAUCCAACGUGAAUCUCCCUUCUACACGUCUUGGUUGCGUAGUGGGCGGCCUACCACACGUCUUGGCGGCGUAGCACGCGACCUAUCUGCCGAUGGUUCGCAUCACGGAGAUAAGCGCGGGUAACUCAGCGGCGUCUGAUGCGGCGCAACCACCACCAGCAACAGCAGCAGCAGCAGCAGCAGGGGCAGCAGCAGCGCCAACAGCAGGAUCUGUUCCUCUGGAGGCACGCCAUGGCGCAGGCCCGGGCUCCUCGGAUUUUUCCGGCGCAGAGCAAGAGGGCCCCGGGGGCGAGGGCGACAGAGUGAUUGGCCAGUACGGGCGAUGGGCGUCUGACGUGGACGACGACGAUGAUGACGAGGACGACGAGGAGGAGGAGAUGGAGGAGGAGGCGAGGUGCAUCGCGAGGCGGGAGUACAUGGAAGCCGCAGCCGCAGCCGCGGCGGGAGCAGCGGCGGCUGGAUCGGCAGCUGGAGCGGCAGGAGGAGGAGGGGCGGAAGGAGCGGGAUCGAUGAGUCGGACCGGGUUAUGCGGGGAGGAAGACGAGGAGGAAGAUGACGGGGAGGAGGAGGAAGAAGAAGAAGAAGAGCAGGAGGAGGAGGAGGAGGAUUGGGAUGAGCUGGGGGGGGACGAGGACCGGACCCGCGGAAGUGGCGGCGGCGCAAGAGGGGGGAGCGGCGGCGGAGGGGAGCUGAAUCUGCGCGCGUCGAUGGGGGUGGAGGAGGAGGCGCAGGACAUGGCGCGGUGGGUGGGGACAGACGACACACUCGAUAUGGAGGACGAGGAGGACGAUUUUGACCGUCUCGCGGAGGGCGAGCAUGUGGAUAGAGUGGGGCGGAUAUUCCAGCGGAUGGGAGCUGGGGACGAUCUGAGGGAGGCGUCAGAAGCCGCAGCACUGGAGGCUGCAGCUGCUGCUGCUGCUUCUGAUUCUGCCCUUGAAGCGCGGAGACUGGAGGAGGACUGGCGGCAGGCGCAGGGGUCAGGUGCUGCCGCUGUGGCUGCCGCAGCUGGCCUGGCUGAGCCCUCUUGGGCCGCGCACGAGCUCAGUGAAACAGCGUAUGAAGGCGCACCAGAGAAAGGAGAAGGGGCAAGAGCAGGGGCAGGAGCAGGGGCAGGAGCAGGGGCAGGAGCAGGGGCAGGCACGCAGGGAGUUGCAGAGAAGGAAGCGAAGGACGGAGCAGAUGCUGUGGGAGGGAAGCUGCAGGGCGUGGAGCCGACACCAGUGGCUGCAGUAACAUCUGAACCGGCAGGGCAGGGAGCGGCAGGGGAAGGUGUGGGGGGGUGGCGCGGAAGGGACAGCUGGAAUCAGGCGUUUGAUGACCUGUUCAAGGGGGGGAAGGGGGGUGCUGCGAGCAAGGAAACUGGUUGUGGUGGGGGCGGUGGUGGGGGCGGUGCUGGUGUUGGUGUUGUCAGCGAUUUCCGCUUGGGGGAGGGGGGUUGGGGUUCAGGGCUUUGGGGCAGUGCAGGGGGGAGGAAGGCGGGGCAGGAGGGGAGUGGGGGCGGGGGAGGGAGUGGAGGGAAGAGAGAUGGUGAGGGGAGUGGUGAGAGGAAGGGGGGCGGAGGGGAAAACAUAGGGAAAGGGGAUGAUGGGAGGAGAUGGUGGGAGAAGGAUUUGGAUGAUAUUGGUGAGAGAAAGGGUGGGGAGAGGGAGAAGGAGGGGGAGAAGGAGGGGGAGGGGGAAAAGAGUGGGGAGGAGGAAAGGGCGAGUGGAGGAGAGACGUUGAGUGACAUUGACAUGCGUGAGGAAGAGGCGGCCGCGGUUGCGGCUACCGUUGAUGCCGCUGCUAUUGCUGCUGCUCCUUCUACUCCUACCCUUGUUCCUGCUCCGGAUGCUUCUCCUGCUGCUGCUCCUGCUGCUGCUCCUGCUCCGGAAAGCAAGGAGAAAGGCAGGAUGGCGGAGGAAGGACGCAAGGAAGAGGACGAGAGGGAUGUGGGGAGGAGGGGAGGAGGAGAGUCGGGUUCAGAAGGGGUUGUGGAGGUGAGCGUGACAUGCCAAGAAGAAGAGGGAGGAGGAGGAGAGGGUGGAGGAGGAGGAAAAGGAGAAGAUGGAGUGGUCAAAGGCAAAGGAGAAGGCAAGGAGGGGGGUGAGAUUGGUGUGCAGGGGCAUGGGUUGGGGAUUGUGCCUGUUGAGAUGGUGGGAAUAGAGGGGGGCGAGCAGCAGGGAGGGCUAGAAGUGGAAUUUAAGGAGAAGCAAGGCGACGGUUGCGAUCGUGCUGCUGGUGUUGCUGCUGCUGCUGCUGCUACCGCUGCUGGUUCGUCUCCUGCUGUUGCUAUUGCUGGGAGUGCAUCUGGGUCCAAAGCCAUCAGUAACAGCAGUGGGGCAUUGAAGGGCAUACUGAAGCUAGGCAAGCGGUCAAGGGCAGAUGCAGAGACUGGAGCGGGUGAUAAGGAGGGGAAUGGCAACCGCAGGGGCGAGAAGCAGGGGCGAGAAGUGGGAGCCGCAGAAGCAGCGGAGGAGGGUGGUGGCACUGGCAGCUGGGAAACCAGCAGAAGGGCGGAAAGGGAUGCGGAUGGGGCGAAUGAGGGGCGCAGGCAGAGGCAGCGGAGGGUGCGGUUUGCGGAAGGUGUGGUCGGGGGGGAGGAGGACGAGAACGAGAGCCCCGUGGGGAGCCUGUUCCGCAUGGGGUGGCAGGGGAAGGGAGCGAGAGGUGUCCCAGGUUCAGGGCGGGGUGGGGGGGCGGGAGGGAGAGACGGGGGAGGUGCAUGGGGAGGCGGAGGAGGGGGAGGAGGAGGGGAUGGGGGAGGUUGGGGGAAGUGGGCAGGGGGGAGGAGUCAGCAGAAAAUGGGGCUGGGGCGGAGGUUGCUGGGGUUGAUAUGCGGGCAGAUGAGCCGGGCUAACGUCAGUGGGAGUGGGGGGGAGGGAGGACUGGGGGCAGGGGGUGAGGUCGGGGUGGGAGUGAGUGGGGGGAGAGGCGGGGAUGUGGGUGGGGGGGUUGAGCAACGUAGAGGGGUAGCUUUUGGUGCGGAUGGUGCAGGUGGCAAGGGAAGGAGUGAUACCAUGGAGGAUGGGCCUGAGAGUGGUAAUGGUUCAAAGGGUGCAAGAGCCGAGGAACCAGCUAGGGAAGGUAAGGCGGAUGCUAUGGAGAGUAUCCCGGUUGAAGAGGGGUCAAGAGGGGGAAAGCAAGGGGGGGGGGCCAAGGGGGUCGAUGGCAGUGGUGGUGAUGAAAUGAAGGAGGCGGGCACUGCAGGGGUGGAAGGGCAGGGAGGGGUUGGUGGGGAGGGGAUGGAAGGAGUGGGAAUGGAGGAAGGGGGAGUGGAUGGGGUGAGCAGCAGCAGCACAAGAGAAGCAGAGACCUCCGGCGCAGCUGGAAAAUCGGAGCUGACAAUCAGUGAGGGAGGCAGUGGAGGAGGGAUGGGCGCUAGUCGCGUGCCUGACCACGUGCAUAAUCCACACAAGUACACGGCCUAUGAGGUCGACUGGUGGGCUGGGGGGUGGGGGCAAGGGGGGCCUGCAGCUGAGGGGGAGAUGGGGGAGAUGUCAGAGUACAGAGCAGCGCUGCAGCAGGCAGUGGGGUUGAGAGGAGCAGGGGCAGGCAGACCCAAGGACUCUUCUGCUCGUAGCGAUAGCGGAGUGGGGGGUGAGAGAGGGGUCACGGGGAGUGGAGAGGCAGCAGCAGCAGCAGCAGCAGCAGCAGCAGCAGGAGAAGCAGCAGGAGCAGUGCUCAGGGCAGCAGCAGGAGCAGCAGCGGCAGCGGGAGCAGACGCGAGGUCUGAAGAUGAUUUAUCAAAGCGGGUGGUGUUUGUGGGGCGCAAAGAUAGAGGGGCUAGUACAGGCAGGGGGAAAAGGCAGGACAAACAUGAUGAGAUGGAGGUGGAGGGGGGAGGAGUCGCUGUGGGGGCUGCUGCUGCUGCUGGUGGUGGCUCUGGAGGUUCUGCUACUGCUGGUACCAGUGUAGGUACUGGUGAUGACACUGGUACCGCUGCUGGUACUGCUGCUGGUACUGCUACUGGUGGUGGUGGUGGGAUAGCCAGUCUACGUGGCAUAGCAGCAUCGGAUAUGCUGGAUGAUGCUGAUGCUGAUGCUGACCCCCCUUCAGUGCCCGAUGCUGAUGUCACUGCUGCUGCUGCUGCUGCUGCUACUGUAGAGGUAUCAACUGCAGCUUCUGCUUCAGCUAGUAUACACACCCAUGGUGCUGCUGCUGCUGGUCGACCAACCACAGGGACCAAAGGGGAAUUAGGGAAAGGGGAGUCAGGGACAGGGCCAACCAAGGGAUUGUUCAAGAUGGGCGGAGGGAAGUCGGGCAGGAAAAAAUUCCGCAGAGGUAGGGCACUGGAUGAAAUGGUGGAAGGUGCGCAAGAGGAUGCGUGAGGCAGACAUGCAAGAUGAGUAUGCCUGAGAUGCAUGCCUGUUGAGGGCUAGAUUAGGUGUGUUCCAUCCUGUUGCAUUCCCUGGCCCUAAGACAUUUUCCACACAAUUGAU